CUGUCAGAUACAUUAUCUCCUAUUUUUGAUACCUUGUCAUUUCGGGGACAACGCUAGUGACUGUUCAGUGUUCAUAAUUUGAUCACGUGACUGACGCAACUGGGGUCAGCAAGCGCGAACCGCCAAAAUCGUUGUCAUUGUCGAAAUUCCGCUGUUCGGCAUUUUACGAUUUCGUUUCUAUAACAUUAUAUGAGAAAGUAUAACUUUAAAGCAGCUAUCGAGUUGUUUUAAUUAGUACAUCAGUGAAUUGCUAAAAGAUAUACAAUCGUAGAAAUAAGAAAACUAUGGCGAAGGUGCAUAUAACCAACGUGGUUGUCCUCGACAAUCCGAGUCCAUUUUUGAAUCCUUUCCAAUUCGAGUUAACAUUUGAAUGCAUCGAAGAAUUAAAAGAGGAUCUCGAAUGGAAGAUGAUAUACGUCGGUUCAGCAGAAACGGAAGAACAUGAUCAAGUUUUAGAUACAAUUUAUGUUGGACCAAUUCCCGAAGGAAGACACAUGUUUGUUUUUCAAGCACCGCCGCCUGACGUGACGAGGAUUCCUGAAAAUGAUGCGUUAGGAGUCACUGUGGUUUUAUUAACGUGUUCAUAUAGAGCACAAGAGUUCGUUAGGGUUGGAUAUUUCAUUAACAACGAAUAUAGUGAGGCUGAGCCAGAGUUGAGAGAAAACCCGCCAGCUAAGCCCCAGUUUGACAAAGUAGUUAGGAAUAUUUUAGCCUCAGAACCCAGAGUUACAAGGUUUAAGAUAAACUGGGCAGAACCUGAUGCAGCACCUAUGGAUUCCGGAGAUGGCAACCUUGAAACUGCACUUGCACCCAGUAAUGAUUCCUAUGGAGCAUCUUUUAAUGCUGACAGCCAAAUCAGUGGUAUCGAAUUCCAAGGAAGUUUAAGUGGCUAUGGAGACAAUUCUAAUUCAAUAGCUCCAAUGGAAUGCUGAGGUGAGUAAUUUUAUGAUACAAA